AUGGGGAACUCAUUAAAAUUAUUGUUUGCAUAUGUGUUUGGCCGUCGGAAGGCGAAACAAACUUAUUCGCGAUCGCAACCGGAUCAUCCGGAGCGCAUUCCUGUAGAACGAUUCGCGUCAAUUAAAGAUACUUUACAAGAUGCUAACCAAGUAUCAGCGCCAGCGAUAACAACAACAACAACGGCACAAACGAUUCUUCCAUCGGAUGAUUCGGAGCCUAUUUCUGCGAAUAAAUUAAUGCCAACUAACAAUGCUUUACAAGAUUCUAAGCAAGUAUCAGCAUCAGUGACAACAACAGAAGCAGGUAGUCCAUCGAAUGUAUUUAGCGAUUUUUACUUGGCAUGUCGUCAAAACAACUUUGAGGAAGCUAAAAAGUUACUUCAAGGCAUGACACUUGACGAAGUAGAUCGAAUAGAACCGAAUAGUAGCACUGCAUUGCAUAGUGCAUCUUAUCAUGGUCAUAGUAGAAUUGUAGAGUUGUUGCUGAAAGCAGGAGCUAACAGGGCGAUACUGAAUAAGUAUCGAUGUAUACCAUACGAUGAAGCGAAAAAUGAUGAUAUCAAAGAACUUUUUCUUCGCAUACCGAAUAGUAAUCGACUUGCAUCGUGUACUGGUGCUAUUGAAUGGGAGCUGGUUGAUGAAGAUGUUAUGGGAAAAGCGGCAGAAGAACGAAAUUUUAUUAAAUCAUUGUACGAUAACGCUUUGAAGGGGAAUCGCAUCAAUAAAAUGUUUGAAAACAUUGAAAACAACUAUGUUAACAAAGGACUAGCCAAUAUCAGUAGUAUUAAGGCUAUCAGACGUUUUUUUCGAAAGGCAACUGAAGAGCAAAAUGCAAAAUGGAUAAUAACAGCUUACACAGCUGAAACAGCUUUCUAUAGCAUUUUGAAUACGGAAAUAGCAGCUGGUGCUACUCAAUAUCAAAGCGAACGAAGAUAUAUUAUAGCACUUAUUUCACAUCAUGAUAGCUUGGAGGAAUACGCGUUUAUUGGUACUGCUUAUCGAGUCAUGCAAAUAAAUAAAGAUGAUAUACAAAAAUAUCAAGUUGAUACUUUAUUAAUGACUAAGUCAUUCCUAUCUUCAUCGAUUGAUCGAAAAGUUGUUGAAUUAUUGUCAUGUAGACAAGUAACAGCAGCACAAUCUGAAACGGAUGACAACCCACGAUGUAAAGCCGAUGGAACAAUAAUUAAAACAUGGGUAAUAUGUAAAUACCAGAUUAAGCAUCGACGUACUGCGUUAUAUAUUGAAGAUAUGUCUCAAUAUGCAAAUGAAGCUGAAAUAUUAAUUAUGCCAUAUUCUGUAUUCAAAGUGAAAAAAAUGGAACAAGUUCAAUAUUCAUACACUGAGAAUGUUGAAAAUGCAACUGAAAUUGAAUUAGAAGAAUGUGAAGAAUAUGACCAAUAG